GGCGAAAACGUCACUAGUUCAGUUGCAAGAUGGCGAACGUUCGGGAUAGUGACACAUCUUUGUGGCUCCACAAUAAACUCGGUACUUCGAAUGAUUCGUGGACAAGCGGCUCAAUUUGUACGCAAUUAAAUGCUGAAGUGUUGAAAAAUAUCAAGGAUUGUUUUCCAGAUUUGCAAACGCAAGUGAAAUUGAAAUUAUUGCUAAGUUUCUUUCAUAUCCCGCGCAGAAAUGUUGAGGAGUGGAGAAAUGAACUGGAAGAGAUCAUUGAAGUUGCAGCCGUGGACUCAGACCUCUGGGUGGCCAUGCUUGCAGAGACCCUCAAGACGUUUCCCUCAGCGGGCACUCUCAACACCGAGAUAGCGGAGUUCGAUGAGAAUAUUAUAUUCAGUGAUAUGAUCAGCGAGCUGCGGAGGGCUUUAGCUAAACACUCGGAUCUUGGACUGUUGCCGUUAGAGUGCCUGUAUUUAAAUAAGAAUGCUUUGGUUUCUGUGGUGGGCCAACAACCGAACCCUGUAAAACAUUUCACACUGAAACGCAAACCCAAGUCCGUGGCUCUCCGUAGUGAACUCCUAGCCAAAGCGACUGAAGUACAAGCCAAUCAGAAGAAGGCUCAGGCACCUACCGUGCCUGUCCGCAGUAGAGGCAUGCCUAGGAAGAUGACUGAUACCACACCACUAAAAGGCCUGCCGUCUCGUUUCGGCGGCGGUCGCGGCGGCACGUGGCGCGGCGCAGCUCGGCCGCCGCCCCGCGCCGGCAUCAAGCUGCUGGACAUAGCGGAGCAGCCUGCUACUCACGCGCAGAUCAAGAAGAGGAGGAAACUUGAAAUGGAGGAAGGUGCUAAGAAGGCAGCGGCGGCCGCCCCGCCGUCGCCGCCGCCGCCCGACUACGCUAAAGGACUCAAUAACUACACCAUGCCUAAGCCCGAGGAGAAUACCAACCCGGAGCCGAGCACGCCAGCGCCAGCGGCAGCACCCGCGUCCCCCGGCGCCGCCGCAGCAGACCCGCAAGACAGCGCCGACACCGCGCCGCCCGCGCCCAGCCCGCUACUUGUACAUGGUACCGGUGCGAAACCAAUAGUAAUAGGCCAACAACCCAAGCUACUGAUAGCCGGCCCAGCAGGAGGCAAACCUCUACUGCUGUCCACACAGAACCUGCUCAACACGUCCACCGUGAUCCUGCAGCCCGGCGGCAAGGCUGUGCUGCUGCAGAACAUCAAGCCCAUGACACAAUCAGUGGUACAGCAAGCUGCGCGGACGGUGGUGCCCGCCGUACACACGCAACCGCCUCUGCAACACCAGAUCGCGCAACCUGUACAGAUAGCACAAACAGUGCAACAGCCACAGGUAGUGCAAGCGGCAGCGCCCGUGCAACAACCACAGCAACAAGCCGUGCAACAGCCGCAACAGAACGUGCAACCCGCGCAGCAGCCGCUGUUGCCGCGUAGAGGACUCUCGCUUACGCGCGAACAAAUGUUGGAGGCACAAGAUAUGUUCCGCAACGCGAAUCGUGUCACGAGGCCGGAGAAAGCGCUUAUACUUGGUUUCAUGGCUGGCUCCAGAGAUAACCCGUGUCCGAACCUAGGCAACAUAGUAACGAUAAAACUAUCAGAAAACAUCGAGAAUGUUCUACAGUCAGACGACACAUACCUCACCAUGUUGUCUGAAAUGCACUUCCAAAUGAACUAUAACAACGGCCAGUGGACGAGGCUCAAGAAAUAUAGGCAUAUAGACGGCAUGGUGCCUCAGAAAAUACCCCCCGGCUCCACAGUCAUCUCAACCAAUAACCAACAGCCUAUAGUGUCAAUAGCCAAUCAGAGUGUUAGUUAAGUGACAGUGUGUGUGACGUUCAGUGAUUCAAAAAUGGAAUAUGUACUAAAGAAAAGUUGGAGGUUUUAUUUCGAAGUAAGUCUGAUUUUAUUUUUUUUCGUUCUUUUUUUUUUAAAUAGUACUGGAUGAUGUGUCAAUUAGGUUUUUUUUUGUAUAAUGGCUGGAUUUUCUAUUUGCUGCCUAGAAGAUAUUUACAGAGAAUUUUUGCCUGGUUUUCUUUAAACCUAGUUGAGGGUAAAAAUUGUAAUGAUAAUCGUGUGUGUAAAACAAUGUCGGGCAAUCAGAUUUGAGUUAUCUUAUUGGACAUGCAAAAUCGAAGUUAGAACGUCGUAACACCGCCAUAUUGGAAAAUGAUUUUUAAGUUGCAAGUUACUAAAUGAGUUCUAUAGAGCAUAAAAUCGAGAUAGAAGCUAGGGAUUGCAUCUGCUAUUUUGCAAAAUUGAUAUUUUUGAAAAACUGUGUUCACAAAGUUAACUAUAAACUCAGGCUGUGAUUUCAAAUUAUAUUACCACUUAUUGGUUCACUGUUCGUCCCAUUUCUGUGUUCUAACGAGUUUCUUAUUCGAUCAUCAUUUAAAAAAACCAACAAGAUAUCCCCAAUUCCCUUUAAAUGAUGCCCUAUAAGAAGUGUUCGUAAAGAAAUAUUUUUUGUAAUAUAUCAUGAUAAUUAGUAAUAUAUUGUUACAUUAAAUAAUACGAAAACACGAAUAAAAAUAUACACAUUUAUUAUGUUUAUGUGAAUUCCUGUAAUUGUGCAAUUUCAAAUGAGAUGCAUUUUGAACUUUAUCGGCGAUGAAAUAAGGUUUUAUAUGGCAUAGCAGUUAGUUUUGUAAUACAUAGUCAUGGAGAACAAAAUAAUGAGGGGAGAUGUCAUAAAAUCUCCUAAGAAAGUAGCGCGCAAAAAUGCGGGUAUUGGAACGGGGACGUUACUGUCUCCGCCCUUAUACGCCUUCUUUGGAGCCCGCCCGUUUGUAAAACCAAAUAUCAUUGAUAGAAGUCUGAAGUCUGAAGAGACCCGAACACCUCGUUAGUUCACUCGUAACUCGUUUUGGUCUCGCCCACCUGCCUUAUCGCAUCUCCAGCCAUUAUUUCUCCGUGUACCUAAUACAGUCGAGUCAUAGUACUUGUACCGUUAUGUAAAGGAGAUAAAGUUCAAAAUUGCUGUCAUCAUGAAGUUAUAAGACAGAGCCAGGACAUUUUAAAACAUUUCUUGUUUCUUUUAUUGUGUCUCUUGCGACCUUUUUCAAGUAGGUCUGAUACUGUAUUCAACGUCACUUAAUUUUAAUUGGCUUAUGUCAAGCUUUAAUUAUAUCAAGCAAGAAAUUACGUGACAUGACAAUGUUUUUGUUUUCAAUUUUUAUAGAGAUGGCGAUUAGAAAAAAAAAAACAAUUAAAUAAUCGACUAAAUACAAGUCAACAAAGUCGAAUAUUUAGAAAACUUUGAGUUCCUUCUCUAAAUGGUAUUUCGACACACUUCGCGCUUAAAUAUGCCUAUGCGGAUUUCAAUCAUAUACCUAUCGAUUGAUUUGCUUACCAGAGUUAGUUACAAUAAAGUCUUUUGUAAGCAAAAUUGAUACAUAGAUAGUUUAUUGGAAUUCGGCGUAAGUGUUGAUGAAUUCACGUGUUACAGUCGAAAGAUUUUGAAGAUAACUUUAAGUUGUGAUCUCACUGGGAUUUGACAUAGAAAUUGGACAUUAUUACUUUUCAGUAUAAUUUCUAGUGCCAAAAUAAGUUUCGGUAAAUAAAUCUUGAGUAAAACUAUUUGUGAAUUAGUUUGUAUUGUAAACUUUUAUGUAUAUUUAGAUUAGACUUUUGUUUUCUGUAGAAUUGAAUAAUAUGAUAAAUAAAUAUAUGCCUACAGAGCCUUUCUAUGUAACUAAGGUUAGUUAUAUCAUUAAUAACUUGCAUUGUUUCGAUAGAGAGGCAAAGAUAUGAGGCAUAAUCAGUUGAAUCAACAGUUUGAAAUGAGGCAAGUAAAAUACAAAAUUUACAGCUGUUUAAACAUAUUGCUUGCGUAUAACUAUUUGAAGUGAGUAUAGCAACGUUUUUUAAGAUUUCUUGAUAGGCCGAUAUAUUUUCAUAAAGCCUGCUUUAUCAAAGUAAUGCAAGAAUAUGCAUUUCGUGCCAAUUAACUUCGCUUUUCUGAAGUUAGACAUUUGACGCCUUAGGCAUGUAUGUAUUUAGUAGUAUUCAUAUAUGUAUUUGACUAUAUUGGCUAACUUUGGAUAAACGAAGCUUCUCAACAAGAUCUGUAUUUCCUGUAAUUCUUAACUUCAGAAACGCAAAGUUAUUUGGCGCGAACUAUACAAGGAUGCGAGAUGGCAUGAGUCUGUAAUUCGAUGUGUAACAUGCUUUAGAUGUUAAAAGUUUAAUAAAUGACCAAUUGUGCGGAGUGAGAUUGUUAAUGUUCAUAUCGUGUUUAUUGUAAAAUAUACGUUCAAUAACGCGUCAAUUCACGCUGUGUUUUUAUGACAGAAAUUGUACUUGAUGACAAAAAAUUUAAAUUAUCUUGAAUAGCCUUUUCUGUGUUGAUGGGAAGUCUACAAAUGACCCCUCUUGCAGUGGGUGCAGCGCAAGGGAUUGUCAGAAUUUAACUGACUAAAACCCACCAAGUUCCUUCUGUAGCCCUUCAUGUACCAGGGUCGCGGUAACUCGCGCGAACAAUCCCGCAGUCUUGAUAGGGUUUGGCAAGUUAAAUAGCCUACUGGCGGCAACAACAGCGAAAAAAUCACGUAACUGAGACUUUAAAAAUAAAGGCAUUUUGCAUGAAUUAUUGUAUGUUCUUUUCAUGGUAUUUUAGCAACUUUAGUGUUGUAUUGCCGAUAAGUAGUUCAAUGAAAAUUAUGCCUUGUACCUCGAAGAGAGGUUGAAAGAACCACGUAUGCCUCGGAACGAGUAACGAAUUUUAUCAUGUUAGAUUUGUUUUCCUACAGCCUAUGUAUUCCUCUGUGAAAACAACAAUAAUAGUAUGUAAAUGAUUUUCUAAAACAAUGUCAGAAAGUACUUUUAGUAAUAGAUGCGAUAUUUGUAUCGAUUUUGUAUGUACCAAAAUAAUUGUUUAAUAGUGGGGCUGGGUCGAAGUUAUUUUGAUGCGGGCAUCGUGCCUUUGUAUUAUAAGCCUUAUAGAUAGAUUCUGAUUGACUGCGACAGUAAUUUUUAUACAUUUAACUACCACUUUUUAUACAUUAAUGAAUCCCAAGGUAUUGUCGAUAAGUCAUGACGUUUGGGUAGCCUGACCAUUGUCGUUUUAAAGUAUAAUUUGCAAAUAUUAUCGCAUCGAAAUUUAACUUCGAUUCAGUUUCACAGCUUUUUUUUCUUAUUAUUUUGGGAGCUAUUUCUAUAUUUUGAAGUUGAAGCUUUUAAAAUUAUCUAGAAUAGACAAAAUUUACAUUUAUGAAGGAAUUUCCCAAAAAAGGAGGACGUUCUCAAUUCAGAUGUUUCUUUUCUUGUCUUUGUUACUCGAUUGCUUGAAGAUGACUGGACCGAUUUGGAAAUUUUCAUUCUAAAUGGUGGAUUUCGAGAAAACUAUGUAUUUAACCUUGCUGACUGAUUAUUUGGUGCAAUAACAUCAUUUUUUAUGAGGUCAUCAUUUAGUCUUGAGGCACUCCUUUAAAUGUAGAUAAGUAAGACACCCAUGUUUUCGAGCAUAAAUAUAAAAUAGCUUCCAAAAUGUUUGGUACUGAAGAAGAGUAAGCGAUUUAAGUUUUUUUUAUAUAUAAAAUAAUUAAGUAAAUGUGUGUAUGCGUUCAGCGGGAACCGUGUUAUUUUAGUAUUCGCGUUAAAUCUAAGUUUUGUUGUACGAUGUUUUUUUCUAUAGAUAUUUAAUAUCCACAUUGUAUAUAGUAGAUAGUACAAAAAUAUAAAAUGAAAAAGUUAAAAAUUA